AUGGACGAUAAUCUGGAGCCUAGCACCGAGACAAUACUACGGAAAGACAUUCAGGACGCUGAGGAUGUCGAGUCAUCAGGAGACGAAGACGGCGGUCCAGAUUGGACCAAGCUUCCAAAAGGUUUAUAUGCAUCUAUAGAUCGGCCAAUAAUCCCGAAACGCGGAGAGAAGGAUCAUGAACCAGCAGAAGGCGGAGAGACACGUCGACAGGCGUUCGUGCUCGAACGCGCUCGCGAUGCCAUGUUCACCGCUCUUCGCGCAACGCGCACGACCGCGAAUAAAAACCUCAGCUACGCGGUGUGGUACCCAAAGCUGGCUCGUGCACACGUAACGGUGUCCAGGGGAAUUCAUUUUGUGUCUAUGGGGCAUUCCGUUGCCAGAGGGUAUGGGGAGGACAAGGCCAGAAAGCGGAUCGAACUGCUACCUGAGGAAACGAUCUAUCUAGUGGAAAGAGGUGCUCUAUUUUGCUGGAAGUAUCAGGAGCAUCUCGACCAGAAGAUUCACGUUCAAUGCGACUCGGAAGAUGCUUUGCUUGGCGCUCCAAUGAGUGUUCAACAGACUUUCGCCGAGAUGAUUGGAAGAGAGGACCUCACAUUGGAAAAGUACCAAGUAUACGCUUACCUCAAGCGACUUGGAUACGUCGUGACUCGAGCGCGACCACCGUCGCCCGCGUAUCCAGCUCCCCCUCCUUACUCCUUAAUGGCUCUCGGCAAAGAGCACCUCCCAGACCUGAAUGGCUCGAUCAUGCAGCGCUUUCGCAAGGCUAUCUCCUUAACCUUAGGAAUGUUCCUGGACGUGUUCGCUCGCAACGUGGCGCUAGACUGGUGGCAACCUCUUCGUCCACAGUUGACGUAUCAUUCCUUGCUGAAGUCACUGAGGCUCAUACCCGCGGGGCAUAAUAUCCCGCUGUUCUGUCACAACCCCAACCAGGAUAAGGCCGAGAACGAAAAAAGCGCGAUCAGCCAGUCCUACGAGAUAUUUUACAACCUCUACAAGCCAUCCACCCCGUUCCGUAAGACUGCGCCGCCUCAGCCAGACUUCUCCGUUGUUGUGAUAGAUGCGAGGACGACGCCGAUGCCGACGCUUCGUGAGCUCCGUGCGCUAUUUGACGUCCUUCCAGAGCUACCACCGCCCAUGCCUCGUAAGAGGAAUAUCUUGAACACACAGACUGCACCCAAGCAGGAUAAUAAAAAGGACCCGCCUCCAUCCGUCGACCGAUUGCCUUUAUUCUCAUCUGUCCUGCGCCGUAUCUUCCUUAAGAUGUUUGCGCCUUCACGCGUCGUUGAAGUACCCACACCCGCCCCAAGGCCAAAUCCGUUUGUAGCCCUCAAGCAAGGCAAGAAGAACAUUGUGAUCGCCGUCGUGGAUGCGGGGACGGUCGGAUUCUUCCGCUUAGGUAUGGGUGCAUUUGAAGAAUGGCCCAUGCUUUAA